AUGAAACUACCAUUGCUUUUUUAUCUUUCUCUAUUAGUUUCCCGCUGUAUUGCAAUCCAUUUCUAUAUGAAACCUGGUGAACAGCGUUGUUUUUACGAAGAGCUACCAUCUGACACGUUAGUGGUGGUGAAAUUUGAGAGUGAAAUCGCUGAGGACUCCACCCAACCGCCAGAACUUAAAAUGGAAUUGUCGGUGGAUGAAACUUUUGAUAAUGACCACCGAGUGGUUUCGCAAAAAUCCUCGGCCAAAGGAGAAUUCACUUUCACCUCACUAGAUUCUGGCGAACACAAGUUUUGCCUUGGGGCGGAAUAUAAGCCUCAGAAAUCUGCGAAAAUUAGAAUAUUUUUGGAUGUGGUGAUCGGUAACGGUGCAAUUGUCGAUACUAAAAAAAUGGAUGAGGUGGGCUACUUAAUCUGGAAGAUCAAUGAUUUGAAUACUAAGACCGAGGAAAUCAAGCGUGAGCAUAGCAAUAUCAGAGAACGUGAAGCGGUAUUUAGAGAUCAGUCAGAAAAUGUCAAUUCCAGAAUCGUUAAAUGGACAUUAUUCCAGUGUGCGGUAUUACUAGCAAUUGGGUUGUGGCAGUUAAAACAUUUGAAAACAUUUUUCAUAAAAGAGAAGGUGGUGUAG